AAUUGUUGUGGUUAAUUGAAAGACUCUAAAAAUAAAACUCAUAAACAGAGAGGUUAAGUACGUAUUUUUAAUUUUUUAUAUAAAAAUGUCUCGAAUUCUAGAAAGGUGGUCUUUAAUUCUCAAUCGUGUGCCGAAAAAACACUUUUGCACAAAUAAAACGUCACAAGAUCUAGAAAGUCGUCGUCGAGAAGUAAUGGGACGUGGUUUACCGAGGAAAAAGGCGAUCGAAGGUGUGAAACAAAUUUUAAUUGUUGCCUCGGGAAAGGGAGGUGUUGGAAAAUCAACAACUUCGGUUAAUUUAGCAGUUGCUUUAAAAAUGAAUGAUCCUGGAAAGUCAGUUGGAUUGUUAGAUGCCGAUGUUUUUGGUCCAAGUGUUCCUCUAAUGAUGAAUCUCGACGAUUCGCCAAAAUUGAACGAGGAAAAUCUCAUGGAACCUUUAGUGAAUUAUGAUAUUAAAUGUAUGUCGAUGGGAUUUUUAGUGAAUAAAAAAUCACCUGUGAUAUGGCGUGGACUUAUGGUAAUGAAUGCCCUUGACAAAUUAAUUCGACAAGUUGCGUGGGGCCCUUUAGAUUAUCUUGUUGUUGAUACACCGCCAGGAACAGGUGAUACUCAUUUGUCGCUUGUUCAAAAUGUUCCCAUCGAUGGAGUUUUACUUGUCACAACGCCACAAAAAGCCGCUCUCGAUGUCACACGACGAGGAGCUUUAAUGUAUCAAAAAUUAAAUGUCCCACUUGUUGGAAUUGUCGAGAAUAUGAGUAGUGUCAUCUGUCCAAAAUGUCAUCACGAAGCCUCUCUAUUUAAAGACGGAUCAUUGAGUCUCGCUUGGGAAUUAGGCAUUAAUAUAUUGUGCAAAAUUCCAUUCAACGAUGACAUCGCAGAGGGCUGUGAUAAUGGAAGACCGAUAUUAAUUUCCAAGCCAAAUUCACGACAAGCUGAUGCUUAUAAAAAAUUGGGAAAAAAUGUCGCUGAAUUUUUGCAUGAACGACUUUUAAAAGUCACAUGA